CACCACCACAGUAGACUAGCUGUCCACACCAACCCCUCAGGCCCCAAUUCUCAUGUCUCUGGGUGCCGCUGCACCGCGCGCGCAAUGACCGGAGCGACAAUUCAUGCUGCCGCAGCCACCCACCAUGCCUCUCCGCUGAUCCCCGACGGCGACGCCCGCCUGCCCUUCGCCGAGCUCUGCGCCCGCCUCGACGAGCGCGUCACCCGCUUCCUCGGCGAAUCCCUCUCCGAGGCGCGCCUGCGGGCCACCCAGGAACAGACGCGCAUCGCGCUGGGCGUCAUCGAGGAAGCGCUGCAAAAAUACAGUCUCGAAGAACUCUCCCUCUCCUACAACGGCGGCAAAGACUGCCUCGUCCUCCUCGUCCUCUACCUCUGCGCCCUCCACCGCCACAGCAAUGCCACCUCGACUCCCCUCCCCCCCACAAUCCAGUCCGUCUACAUCCAGUCGGCGCACCCUUUCCCGGAAGUCGAGGCCUUCGUCAAGGAGACGACCCCGACAUACAACCUGACGCUGGCCUCGUACACGGCGCCCAUGAAAGAAGCCUUCGAGGCGUACCUGCGCGACGCGCCGCGCGUGCGCGCCAUCUUCGUAGGCACGCGCCGCACCGACCCCCACGGCGCUGCCCUCACCCACUUCGAUUCCACCGACCAUGGCUGGCCUUCCUUCAUGCGCAUCCACCCCGUCAUCGACUGGCACUACGUCGAGAUCUGGGCCUUCAUCCGCCACCUCGCCAUCCCCUACUGCCCCCUAUAUGACCAGGGCUACACCUCCCUCGGCGGCACCACCGACACUCAUCCCAACCCUGCCCUGCGCGUCCAGGACAAGCACAAUCCGUCCGCUGAGACCGCCGAGUCGAUCGGCGCCCCUGGCGCGUACAGGCCAGCGUACGAGCUCAUGGAUGACUAUGAGGAGCGGUUGGGCCGGGACGGUGCGAAGGCAGCACCGCAGCUUCCCAGCAUGAAGAAGGAGGAGAGCGGGGAAUCGAUCUAGGUCUGUAUGAGGCCAAGGCGACGGAGACGAUGCGAGGAGAAGCGUGCUUGUAUAUUGGCAGUAGUUAAUUGAUUGAGUCAGCGAAGCGUGUUGGAUGUGUGGAAAGAAAGACAGAAAGUUAGAAAGAGAGAGCAGCAUGACGCCGCGCAACGCGUCGCCAGAACCCUCUUGAUUUUCUCUCGCCGUUGAAUUGAUGUACCUACCCAUUCCCUUUAGCGCGCUGCAAUUUUAGAUAGACUUACUUCUUUCUUGCACU